CCGGAGCUCCGGUACUGCAGUAUCGUAUCCGCAGCUCACUUCCUUUUCUGACGCAAGUGCCCGGCAAAGCUGUCGCACGCCUUUAUUUGUGGUCGUUUUACAGCAAAACUGGAUUUUAUAACUACUCAAAAGAGACAGACACACCACAGGGUAACUUUCACAAAGACCUAGAUUGACUGCUUUCUUCAGCAAUGUCUCGUUUCUUUGCCACCGGGUCUGACAGCGAGUCAGAGGAGUCCUCAUCUGCCGAUGAGCUCACCCCUAAAGCACCCGGAGGAAAUUUCAAGCAGUCAUUACUUAUUAGUGAUGAUGAGGAGGACACUAAGAGAGUGGUGCGCAGCGCCAAAGACAAAAGGUUUGAGGAGUUGACCAACCUCAUCAAGACUAUCCGAAAUGCUAUGAAGAUUCGUGACAUGGCCAAAUGUCUAGAAGAGUUUGAGCAGUUAUGUCGAGCCUUCCUCAAAAGCAAGACUAUAGUGGACAAAGAGGGUGUUCCUGCUUUCUAUAUCCGUCUUCUGGCUGACCUGGAGGACUACCUGAACCAGCUUUGGGAGGACAAAGAGGGCAAGAAGAAGAUGAACAAAAACAAUGCAAAAGCCCUCAGUACUUUACGUCAGAAGAUCCGCAAGUACAACAGAGAUUACGAAACAGAAGUAGCUGCGUACAAAGAGAACCCACAGGAGUCUGCAGAUGAAGAGGAGGAGAAGGAGGCAGGGGGUUCUGACUCAUCUUCUGAUAGUGACGGAGAGGUCGGUGAAGAUGGAGUGUCAGCCAAGGCGUUCUUAAAGAAAAAGCCUGAGGCUGCUCCAGAGGCCAGCAAGUUCCUCAAGACUGCGGGGGAUGAGUCCUCUGCAAGUGAUGAUGAUGAGGAUGAUGAAGACUGGGGCUCAGACACUGUAGAAAGUGGAAGUGAGAGCUCAGAUGACGGGGAGGGGAAGAACUCUGCUUCCCUGGCUCUGGUCUUCCUCAAGAAGACCCAGGAGGGUGAGAAGUCUGGCGAUAAGAAAGUGUCAAAGAAGAAGAAGCUCAAGAAGAAAGACCGACUGGAGGAGGAGGCUGAGGACGAGGCAAUAGAGGAGGGUGGUGGAGAAUGGGAGAAAGUGAAGGGAGGCGCCCCUAUGGUCAAGGAAAAGCCCAAGAUGUUUGCCAAGGGCACAGAGAUCAACGUACCCGUCGUGGUGAAGAAGCUCAAUGAGAUUCUGCAAGCAAGAGGCAAGAAGGGCACAGACAGGGCGGCCCAGAUCGAACUGCUCCAUUCUCUGGCAACAAUCGCUGCUGAGAAUAACUUGGGCCAAGGUAUCCUGGUCAAGAUUAAGUUCAACAUCAUUGCCUCCCUGUAUGACUACAACCCCAACUUGGCAGCUUUCAUGAAGCCCGAUAUGUGGAAAAAGUGCCUGGACUGUAUAGAUGAGCUGCUGGACAUACUCUUUGAACACAACAACAUCUUUAUUGGGGAGAACAUCGCCGAGGACAGUGAGAGUCUGGCCAUCUCAGACCAGCCAUUCAGGGUGCGUGGGUGCAUCUUAACGCUUGUAGAGAGGAUGGAUGAAGAGUUCACCAAGAUCAUGCAGAACACUGAUCCCCACUCACAAGAAUAUGUUGACAAUCUGAAGGAUGAGGGACAUGUUUGUGGGAUCAUUGACCGGCUGCUCGACUACAUGGAGACCAAGGGAAGCACAGAGGAGAUUUGCCGCAUCUACCUACGCAGAAUCAUGCACACCUACUACAAGUUUGAUUAUAAGGCUCACCGGCGCAGCCUGGGCCUUCAGGGGGAGACCAAGUCCGAACAGGACCAGGAGGAGAGCGAGGGGGAGGACAGCGCUGUGAUCAUGGACCGUCUCUGCAAGUUCAUCUACGCCAAGGAUCGCACCGACCGUAUCCGUACCUGCGCUAUCCUCUGCCACAUCUACCACCACGCUCUGCACUCACGCUGGUACCAGGCCCGUGACCUGAUGCUGAUGAGCCACCUGCAGGAUAACAUCCAGCAUGCUGACCCGCCCGUACAGAUCCUGUACAACAGAACCAUGGUCCAACUUGGCAUUUGCGCAUUUAGGCAGGGCAUGAUCAAAGAUGCCCACAAUGCCCUAUUGGACAUCCAGUCCUCUGGCCGUGCCAAGGAGCUGCUGGGCCAGGGUUUGCUCAUGAGGAACAUGCAGGAGAGGAACGCAGAGCAAGAGAAGAUUGAAAAGAGAAGACAGGUGCCAUUCCACAUGCACAUCAACCUGGAGCUGCUGGAGUGUGUGUACCUGGUGUCAGCCAUGCUGCUGGAAAUUCCCUACAUGGCCGCACAUGAGUUUGACGCCCGCCGCAGGAUGAUCAGCAAGCAGUUUCAUCACCAGCUCAGGGUGGGAGAGAGACAGCCACUGCUGGGACCCCCAGAGAGCAUGAGGGAGCACGUGGUGGCAGCCAGCAAGGCCAUGAAGAUGGGAGACUGGCGUACCUGCCACUCAUUCAUCAUCAAUGAGAAGAUGAACAGCAAAGUCUGGGACCUGUUUCCUGAGACACAGCGAGUACGCGAGAUGCUCGUCAGGAAGAUCCAGGAGGAGUCACUGAGGACUUAUCUCUUCACAUACAGCAGUGUAUACGACUCCAUCAGCAUGGGGACACUAUCUGAGAUGUUUGAGUUGGAGAUACCCACAGUUCACAGCAUCAUCAGCAAGAUGAUCAUCAACGAGGAGCUGAUGGCGUCACUGGACCAGCCCACACAGACGGUGGUAAUGCACCGCACAGAGCCCACCUCCCUGCAGAACAUGGCCCUGCAGCUGGCUGAGAAACUUGGCAGCUUGGUGGAGAAUAACGAGCGUGUCUUUGACCUCAAGCAAGGUGUCUAUGGAGGCUACUUCAACAGAGAUCAGAAAGGUGGCUACCAACAGAACAAAUCUUACAACAGAGAUCAGAAAGGUGGAUACCAGCAGAAUAAGGGAGGAUAUAAUCGAGGUGGCUACAGAAAUCAAAACCAUCAAAACCAUCAAAGCAACUACUGAGCUUGUUGGAUGUGGUUUUCAGUCUCACUCUCUGAGCUGGUCUUCAUUCCAUAACAAUAACAACCUGAGUUUCUGUGCUUGACAUUUGGCUAUGUGCUAUUCUCCAUCAUUUGACGCGAAACAGCUGAAAGUUAAUAAAGGACAAGCCCUUCCCAAAGCUACUGCACAGUGUAGUAUUUCAGUACGGCCAACUUCUUUGGUUAAUCGUGAGAGUUUUUAAGUUUAGUAUUGCGAAUUGAAAAAUUGUAUAACAACGGCAUUGCAGGGUUGCUGGCUUGUGGCAGUGCAGUCGAGUAACAGACAUGUCAAGUAUUGUUGACCCGCUUCUCAAAUAAACAACAAUGAAACUGCA